AUGACCAAGAGUAAAUUUGGCAAGGGUGGCAAAUCUAUUCACCGAGGUGCACAAGCUACUCAUGGAAGAAGGAGAGAUUCACCCCAAGACACUCUAGAGAUAUCACAUAAUGAGACGAAUGAUAUUCCACGUUCAAGAUCAACAAUAGACAAGAAUCAAUACCAAUCACAUGAACGAGUGGAAGAAGAAAGGGGUUUUAUGUCUCAUGAUGCAAGAGAAACAAAUGACAUUGUUCACCGCUCAGGUUCUCAGACAAAUAAUGAGAACUCUCAAUCGCAUAUUAAGGAUGCUAGAUCAGAGAUUAAGGUGUACAAGGGAAAAGUACGCAUUUUCAGUGAUGGGGCCAGAAAAACAUCAAAAAAGUUUACGGAGAAAAUUGAUGUAGGAGGGUUCACGUGGUCAAAAGUUUCUCAACCCACCAAGGACUUCUAUUUUUAUGAGUUUAAGGAAGUUAGAGAUGGUCGGCCGCCAACAGCACACGAGUUAUUCUUGCACACGCACACGAAAAAACAAGAUCGAAAGACAUUUGUUGAUGGUAAAUCAAAAAAAAUUAAUGACAAUGUGAUACAAUUGACUAAAAGACACAAGGCAAACCAUGAAUCUGUGGAAGGUGAUCAGUCUCAUAAAUCAAUGGACAACGAUGACAUUUUUUUUGAGGCUGCAGGUGGUAAGAAAAAAGGAAGAGUCUAUGGUCUUGGGUGCCAAUCAUCUACAUAUUUUCCGUCACCAAUUGAAAAGAUAGCUGCAACACAGACUUUGGAAACAGAGUCACGAUACAAGAAAGCCAUACUUGUUAUGAGUAAGGAGUUGAAAGCUGUAAAGAAGCAAUUACGAGCUGAAAGGACUCUUUGGGAAAGUAAGUUUAAUGGCUUAUGUGGACAUCUUGGCUUCUCAACUGAGAGCGUGCAAAUUAAAGGUAAGCAAAGUGUUGAAUUGGAGAAUUAUACUUCAGAUAGUAGUGAUGAUGAUGAUGAAAUCCGAUCACAAGAAGGUUCUAUGGAUUAUGGCGAUGAGGAAGAUAACGAGUCAGAUAGCGGUUCGAUGGAUUCGGGAAAUGAGGAUUGUAGCGAAUCUAAUGGAUAG